UACCUUGUAAAAAUUAUUGUUUUAGAAUAUUUUGACACAUUCAAAAUCUAGAGUAGUGUUAGAAGCCAUGAAAUUAGCUGUGAAUUCACAAAAAAGAUUUCAUGUUUUUGUGUCAGAAUCAUCUCCUGAUAAAAGCGGAAUUGAAAUGUACAAUUGUUUGAAGGCACUUGAUAUUCCUUGCACAUUGAUAUUAGAUUCUGCUGUUGGUUAUAUCAUGGAAACUGUUGAUAUGGUUAUGGUUGGAGCUGAAUGUGUUGUAGAGAGUGGUGGAAUCAUUAACAAGAUUGGAAGUUGUACUAUGGCUAUUUGUGCUAAAGAAUUCAAGAAACCAUUUUACGUGUUAACAGAAAGUUAUAAGUUCUCACGAAUGUAUCCUCUGAAUCAGAAAGAUUUACCUAAUAAUUUCAUAUACAGUGAGGACAACACAAAUGAUGAUAAUUUAUUAAGUGCUCACCCCUCAGUGGAUUAUACACACCCAUCUUACAUCAGCUUACUUUUUACUGAUCUCGGAAUAUUGAUGCCGUCAGCUGUAAGUGAUGAGUUAAUAAAAUUGUAUUUGUGAAUGUUUACAUCUGGUAUGUUGAUAAAAUUAUAUUAACAAAAA